AUGCCGCAGACCAAAUCGAGUGCAAAAGCCAGUGAUGCUUCUGCGACUGCGCAAGGAACGUCGACCUCUUCACGUCCAAUUUCCGUUCUCUUCGUCUGUCUGGGCAACAUCUGCAGGUCCCCAAUGGCCGAAGCCGUCUUUGCAUCAUUGACUGCCUCGAACCCUGGCGUAGCGAGGAUUGAUUCUGCUGGUACUGGAGCGUAUCAUGCUGGGGACUCGCCAGAUUCUAGGACAAUGGAUACUCUAGCAGAGAAUAAUAUCAACGACUACGAUCACGCUGCCCGCAAAAUGGUAGCUACCGACUUUACGGAUUUUGAUUACAUCUUGGCCAUGGAUGAGGACAAUCUAGACGAUCUGGAGAGUAUGAGGAGACGGCUGAUGAAGAAGGAUUCCAGCGCCGCAAGCCAUAGGGGUCAAUUAAUGCUCUUUGGGGAUUUUGGGGGCAAGAAGGGCGAGCAAGUUGUUGAUCCGUACUAUGGCGCUCGUAAUGGGUUCUCUGUUGCCUACGAGCAGAUGGUCCGUUUUACAACUGGUUUCGUCGAACAGGUCCUCACGAAAGUCGAAAAUCCUAAGAAUGCAUAG